GGAAAAGUUAUUUUGGUGGAGGGAGCAGCUGGGAUGUUUGGCUAUAGUUCUGCUGGCCAUCUUCCUCAGCAAUGGACGCUGUUGUCGCCUACAACAUUCUGCCAAACUGGAUUUUUACUGACAGUACAGAUAGUCCUCGACUUACGGCCACAACUGAGCCCCGGAUUUCUGUUGCUAAACAAGACAGUUGUGAAGCGAAUUUUGCCCCCUUUUACGACCUUUCCUGUCAGAGUUGUGAAGUGAAUCGCUGUUCUUGUUAAAGGGAGUCUGGCUUCUUCCCCAUUGACUUUGCUCGUCAGAAGAGGAUCACAUGACCCCCCCCCGGGACGCUGCGACCGUCGUAAAUAUGAGACAAUGGCCAAGGAUUUGAAUUUAGACCACAUGGAGGCUGCAAGGGUCGUAAGUGUGAAAAAUGGUCAUCAGUCGCUUUUUUUUCAGGGCCGUUGUAACUUUGAACGGUCACUAAACAAACCGUGUCUGUACUGUGCGGUGCCAAAAGUUCCUCAUCUCCAAAGUGGGCGAAGACUGGAUCUUCCUGAUCCUGUUGGGUCUGCUGAUGGCCUUGGUAAGCUGGGCCAUGGACUUUGCUAUAGCAAUUUGCCUGCAAGCCCAGAAGUGGAUGUACGGCGGGUUGGAUACCAACGUUUUCUUGCAAUACAUGGCUUGGAUUACCUACCCCAUUGUGCUCAUCACUUUCUCCGCUGGCUUUACUCAGAUCCUAGCCCCGCAGGCGGUGGGCUCUGGCAUCCCAGAAAUGAAAACUAUCCUGCGUGGUGUGGUGCUGAAGGAAUACCUUACCCUCAAGACUUUUGUGGCCAAAGUCAUUGGACUGACCUGUGCAUUAGGCAGCGGGAUGCCUUUGGGGAAAGAGGGACCCUUUGUCCACAUAGCCAGCAUGUGUGCAGCCCUCCUCAGCAAGUUCCUUUCCGUCUUUGGAGGCAUUUACGAGAAUGAAUCCCGCAAUAUUGAGAUGCUGGCGGCUGCUUGUGCGGUGGGCGUUGGGUGCUGCUUCGCUGCUCCCAUUGGCGGUGUCCUUUUCAGCAUCGAAGUCACUUCCACGUUUUUUGCUGUCCGCAACUAUUGGCGCGGCUUCUUCGCGGCCACCUUCAGCGCCUUCAUCUUCCGGGUCCUUGCGGUGUGGAACAAAGAUGAAGAAACCAUCACGGCUCUUUUCAAAACCCGCUUCCGGCUGGACUUCCCCUUCGAUCUGCAAGAGCUGCCGGCUUUUGCAGUGAUUGGGAUCGCCAGUGGCUUCGGAGGAGCCCUCUUUGUCUACUUCAAUCGCAAAAUUGUGCAAUUCAUGCGGAAGCAGAAGACCAUCAACCGUUUCCUGAUGAAAAAGCGCUUGCUUUUUCCUGCUCUCGUCACCUUCCUCAUAGCAACGCUGACUUUCCCACCUGGUUUCGGACAAUUCAUGGCAGGCCAGCUCACCCAGAAGGAAACUCUGGUUACCUUGUUUGAUAACCGCACGUGGGCAAAGCAGGGCUUGGCUGAAGAAUUUGAGUUCGGUGGCGUUUCGGAAGCCUGGAAACACCCCCGCGCCAAUGUCUUUGUCACCCUGGUGGUUUUCAUUCUUAUGAAGUUCUGGAUGUCAGCUUUGGCUACCACCAUCCCUGUGCCUUGCGGGGCCUUCAUGCCCGUCUUCGUUAUUGGGGCAGCUUUUGGCAGGCUGAUGGGUGAGAGCAUGGCAGCGUGGUUCCCUGACGGCAUUCACACCGACAGCAAUAUCUACCGCAUUGUGCCAGGGGGUUACGCAGUGGUAGGUGCAGCUGCCCUCUCUGGGGCCGUCACCCACACGGUCUCCACCGCCGUCAUCGUUUUCGAGCUGACCGGCCAGAUUUCACACAUCCUGCCAGUUAUGAUUGCGGUGAUCCUGGCUAACGCUGUGGCCCAGAGCUUGCAGCCUUCCCUGUACGACAGCAUCAUCCGGAUCAAGAAACUGCCCUAUUUGCCAGAGCUGGGUUGGGGACACCAGGAGAAGUACAACGUACGCGUGGAGGACAUCAUGGUGCGCGACGUGCGUUAUAUCACCCUGAACUGUAGGUACCGGGAUCUUCAGGAUGUGUUACACAGCACCAAGAUGAAAAGCCUAGCUCUGGUGGAAUCAGCUGAAUCCAUGAUCUUGCUAGGAUCCGUUGACCGCACUCAGAUUGGCGCCCUCCUCCGUGACCAGCUGAGCUACGUUCGCCGCCGGAAGUUUAUGCAGGAGAAAACCCAGCUGGAGCACCGACUCCCUGAGAAGAGUCAGGAGAACAAGGAGCCACACCAUGUGCCAGACACAGGAGUGCGCUUUCAGAUUGUGCCCGAGGAGUCCGCCUUCCACCCUCCACAAAGCGAACCCCGCAAACCCCUGAAGCCGGCUCUGAAAAGGGUCCCCAGCACUUUAUCGGACAAUACUUCAGCUGGGACGACAGAGACUCCGGGCAUCACCUUGAGGAACCUUUUUUGUGCCAACUCCUCCACAGCAGAGUCCGCGGAGGAGGAGAAUUCGGGGGCAUCCGAAAAGCACAAGUCGAAACGCGUCCGCAUUUCGGUGGUGGAAGAAUUUGAUCCUGUUAGCGAGAUGACUCCAGCUGAGAUUCUGGAAUGGGAGGAGCGACAGCUUGAUCAGUUGGUCAACUUCAACAACUGCAAGAUCGAUCCGGCGCCCUUCCAGCUGGUGGAACGGACUUCUUUGCACAAGACCCACACCAUCUUCUCCCUCUUGGGAGUGGACCACGCUUACGUCACCAGUAUCGGGCGCUUGAUUGGCGUGGUGUCUCUCAAAGAGCUGCGCAAAGCCAUUGAGGGUUCGGUCACCGCCAAAGGGGCGAAGGUGCGCCCCCCACUGGCGAGCUUCCGGGACAGCACAACCAGUAGCAGCGAAAUGGAAGCCACGGAAAUCCACCAGUUGUGGGAUCAGAGGCAACGGCACUCCAUCCCUCGCGAGUUCAGCCCUUCCGAGAGCGAUGACAAGUGCCAGUGAGGAGGGGGGGAGAGAACCUGCCAAUCAAGAGACGACGGUUCCACGUUGCCACGCCUCGGCUGUUUCCGUUGCAGCCGGGCCUCUUCUAAGGAUGCCUUCACAUUCCAGCUUGGAGACUGGUGGAAACUGCUCCAAGAGGACAGCCCGUUCCUGGAACAACUGGAGAAUUGCCAUCCUGAACCUUGAAGCUGAGCUCCGGCGCCCCAUUCGCUCCAUCCUUGGUCUCAGGGGUUCAUUUGCCUUCCCAUCCUCCCAUUGUCCCCGGCAGCUCUGCUCCAGCUUGGAACGAGAGCUGGUCAGAUGAGAAGAAGGGAGGCUGAUGGAGAUAGGGAAGGAUAUGUGGGUGUGGCUCUUUUAAAAUACCUUCUACUCAUCGCAGCUUCUCCGUACAGGCUCCUGGUACCCCAAGGUUCAUGCAUCUCCAAGUCUAGGUGAAGACCUCAUUAGUCUGUUCUCAGCGGCUUUGCAGGUGGCCGCUCCACCUGGAAGGAGCUGGUUAAGCAUAUGUCUUCCUUGCAGUCUCGUCACGGUGCCCCAUUGAGAGGAAAAGGAACUUUUCGACAUGCCUGGAUGCCCCUCGUGGCAUCUGCGGGCAUCUUCCUAAGGCAGGUGCCAAAACCUUUGGGGUCUCUCCCCAUGUUUUGAACCUUCCCCUCAAAUCUACAAAGCUGCCCAGCCAUACUGUGUAUGGCUAGCCCCCUGUUCGGAUGGGAUUUGGGGGUUUGUGGUUGGACGUGUGGACCCCAAAUAAAACCAACACUGGAUCUCUUGAACUGCUGAGCCGGGCAACCCCCCCUUCCUUCCCUGCUACCAGAUCCCGGGAUUCUUCCCUUCCGCCUUUCUCUCUCUGUGGAACGCACUCAUGAUCGAAUCCACAGGCAGAGGAGAGGAAAAGAAGGAUGACUGUAUGUACAUACCGAAGAUUUUUAUACAUAUAUCUAUAUCUAUAAUAAUUUAAUGACAGAAAAGAAUACAAAUAGAGCUCUAUUAUAAACCAA